AUGCCACAGCAAGUCAGUGCGCAACGCUGGAUGAACCAAAAGAACUACUGCAUGAAACAAGAAAGGAGGGAAGAGACGCUGAUUCACAAGUCCGUUUUUGCGACCCUUGCAAGCUCCUUUGCAUACGUGCAAAAAAGUCGCGACGGGAACAUGAGCGCAGAGCUGAGCAUGGCCCCGGAACUACCCAGCAGCCCUCUGGCUCUGGAAUAUGUCAACGAUUUUGACCUGAUGAAGUUUGACGUCAAGAAGGAGGGUUUGGCCGGUCUGGAACGCGGAGGAGUGCGUCAGUGCAACCGCCUCCAACCGCAAGGCUCCGUGUCGUCCACGCCGAUCAGCACGCCCUGCAGCUCGGUUCCCUCGUCGCCCAGCUUCAGUCCCACAGAGCAAAAGAACCACCUUGAGGAGUUGUACUGGCUGCCCAGCGGCGGCUACCACCAGCAGAUGGAUCCCCAGACCCUCAGCCUGACUCCCGAGGACGCAGUGGAGGCCCUCAUAGGGGCCACGACCCACGGCCACCCUCCACCCCCGCACGUCCAACAACAGAUGCAGCAGCAAGGCGCUUUCGAAGGCUACAGGGGCCCGCACCACCACCACGGUCACCACGGCCACGGCCAGCAGCACCACCACCCGUACGCGGCUGCGAUGGGCCAUCACGCCGAGGAGCUCUCGGCACACCAGGGAGCUCACAGUCACCCGCACGGCCAGCACCACCAUCACAACAGCAACCAGGACCCCGACAGCCCGUCCCCGGUGUCCCCGGAGAUGCACCACCACCGCCACCAUCAUCAUCACCACCACCACCAUGCGCACGGCCACCUGGGCCAGACCGCGGUGCACCACGGCUCGGCAGGCGGUGGGCUCAGCGUGGAGGAACGCUUCUCGGAUGAUCAGCUGGUGUCCAUGUCGGUGCGGGAGCUCAACAGACACCUGCGCGGCUUCACCAAAGACGAGGUCAUCCGCCUCAAGCAGAAGCGCAGGACCCUGAAGAACCGCGGUUACGCGCAGUCAUGCAGGUUCAAGCGGGUGCAGCAGAAACACGUGCUGGAGAACGAGAAAACGCAGCUGAUGAACCAGGUGGAGCAGCUCAAGGCGGAGAUCAGCCGCCUGGCCAGGGAGCGGGACGCCUACAAACUCAAGUGCGAGAAACUUGCGGGCUCGGGUUCGGGGCCCAGCGGCGGCUUCCGCGAGGCGGGCUCGACCAGCGACAACCCCUCAUCGCCAGAGUUUUUCAUGUGA